GAAAGAAGAAGAAGAAGUAGAAGUAGUAGUAGUGUACCGGUAAAGCACGGAAGAAAAGUAAUUUUAUCAGGCGCGCUGAACAGGCAUACAUUUUUCUAUGGACUAACGGUAAAUUGCGUGAAAACAAUAUAGCUCAUGUCAUGCGACGUUAAAUUGGAGAAUAUAUGAUGUUGCUCUGUUUUCAUUUAUACAUGCCACCUGCUAGGGAUUGAGCCCUCCGGGAAAAUGUUCCUUUAUCGCACCAGAAGGCUCCAGCUUUUAGGCGAAAAGCUCCCUUGGUAUCAGCGCAGGUUAUCUCAUUACAAUACUCUUGAUGACAGUUGUGAUAAAACCAGCCUUCUGAUGCAACUUUGCGCCGACCGUUAUUACCUUUCUCCUGAAGCUUUCCACACUAGAACCUGUACCUAUGGACCUUUAGGAACAGGAAUGAAGAAAAACAUUAUUGAACAGUGGACUUCAGCAAUACGCUCAAAAGCAUAUGUGUUUGGGAUCACUACUUCAGUGCAAAACAGAAUGUGUGAGGAUUCUGUCAGGAUUGUUAAUGUAGAUACCCUUCAAGAAAUACUCGACCAAGAAAGUUUAACUGAAAAAGAAGCAUCUCAGAAGAUUCAAACACUCAUAAAAGACAGUGCGUCUGUUCGGACGAGUCUCCUGCAGGGUGCUUUGCAGCAGUAUAUUCAGGCUUUGGAGCUUGUGAAUAGGACAUUGCCUUUUGGAUUGGCAGAGAUAGGUCUGUGCCAUCAUUCUGAUAGUCAGCAGAGACAUUCAUCUGGAUCCUCAUUUGAGGUCACAGAGUCAUCUUUGGUUUGGUUCUGUUCUCCUCGGACUUCUUCACAGUGGAUGGACUACUGGGCUCAUCAAAGACUGCAGUGGUGGAGGAAGUUUGCUUUAGAUCCUUCUGACUUCAAUAUGUUCAAUGUGAUGGAUGAGGAACUAAAAGAAGGGACAUCCCAUGGUAUUAAAAUCCUUUAUAAGUUCCCCUGGGGCUCAGAGACUCUGGAGACGGUGUGGAGCCUGGAGAAAACAGUACUGCUGAAGACUCACCAAGGAGUUUGCACAAAACUACAGUGCAAAGAUGGAAGAAAGUCUGUAGUUCCUCAUGUCAUCUCGGUCAGUGCAAAUGUGGAUCGAGGGAUGCUGGCUUACCUGUUUAACUCAUUUCAAUUGCUGAAGAAAACUGACAGCAAACAAAAGCCUCAUCAAAGAAUGGUUUUGAAGCUGCAUCCCACUUUAACCCCAGUGAAAGUAGCUUUGGAUAUGGGACGAGGCUCCAGUUCCGAGCUUAGACAGGUUUGUGAGGGUUUGUUUCAAGAGUUUCUUGCAGCGGGAAUUUCCACAUGGCCUGGAUACUUGGACUCAAUGUCAUUAUCUCUGGAGACUUUACACACAAAGUAUGAUGAGAUGGGUGUCCUCUUCACAUUGAUGGUCAGUGAGAGCACACUAAAAAGUGGCCUUCUGCUGGUUCGUAACAGAGACACCACCAUCAGAGAGACUAUGCACAUCUCAGAAAUCAAAAGCUUUCUGCUCAAAUACAUAUCUGCCUCAGAGAAUUUCUGAAUAUAAAAGGAUAUACCUUGUAAAGUAUCACAAUGCUGGAAUAUGAUAACUGUAUUGAUGUAACAGUUAGAAAAUGGAUACUCUGCUCAAGUAAAAUAAAGUGAUGUAACGGCUACAA